AUGCCUAUAAGCAAGAUGGAACCAAUACCUAAUAUAUUAUUAUCCGGAAUGGCAUGCUGGAACCAAUACCCCCCAUAUCAGCUGCGACUUUGUUCGAAGACGACUUUCAUGGCGCAGAGAGGACAAAAGCGGGCUGCGGACGACGACGGCGAGGCGGCCUUCCUAGCCGACCUCGAUGGCCUCUUCGAGCCCGACGAGCCCACGGCGCUCGUCGACGCCAAGAAGCAGAAGGGCCGCCCCUUGGGGAGCGUCUCCGGGCCGAGCUCCCGCCCCACGCUCUUCCUCAAGGCCUGCGUGGACGCCAAGGCCGGCAAGGCGUGGCUCAUGGUGCGCUACAAGUGCUCGCACGAGAUCCACAAGGUCUACAACGGCGGCGCGCCGACGUUCUGGGCCUUCGACGAGGGCCCCAAGUCCCGGCUCGCGAUCGACGCGUUGCCGCUGCGCGGCGCCGACGAACCGGGCAUCGCGCACGUCCACAACGAGCGCCGCGGGCCCGGAAACAACCGGUACCUCACCUACAACGAGACCGAGGGCCUUAACAACCAGCGCAUCGCGCUGGAGAACGCGCGCCUCAUGGCCAUCCUGCUGAACCGGACCCUCGUCGUCCCGGACACGAUCCCACCCCACGACGCCGGCGACCCCUUCCCGACGAAGACCUGCCGCGUCUUCACCUGCGACUCGCUGCGCGUGCCGUGGGUGUCGCAGCGCUACUUCGAGGACCACCGGAAGCGGUGGCCCACGCGGAUCCGCGACGACGCGGCGCGAUGCGGCGACGUGGCCACCUGCGAAGACUUCCUGCUCGAUCCGCCGAAAAACGUGGUCGUCGAGGUCCCCGUUGACAAGACCAUGUACCACAUGAGCCUGAGUUCUCCGAAGCGGUGGGUCCUCUCGAAGAUGAAGGACGACCGAGAGCUCAACCCCAACGUGCUGACCGUCAACAGCCGCCUGAUCACCCGGGCGAAGAUGAUCGUGGACAAGCUCGGCGCGGCCUACGACGCGGCGCAUCUCCGGACGGGCGACUACUUCGACGCCUUGUAUACCGACGAAUUUGGGGUAUUUUGGUCCGCGGAAAGGGAGAUUCUCUAG